AUGGAGGAACAGCAGCUAAUUCCGGAGCCCGUAAUCCUCUUCCUCCCCCGGGGACGGGGAGCGUGCCAGUCACGCAGCCGCCGGCGGGCCCCGGGGACGAGCCCCGGCAGCUCCCCAGGCGGUGCCGCGGGCCGGAGCGACUCCCAGACCAUGGGUGAUGUGCAGAAGGGUGCUCUGCAGCGAGCCAGCACCCCACAGAGCUCCCCUAGCACCCCCCGCCCCCAGGGGCUGCUCUCCGUCAUCCAGAGGCUGAAGGGAUCGCCGGAGCAGGAGCUCCGCAUCGUCCUGCUGGGGCUGGACAACGCGGGCAAGACGACGCUGCUGAAGCGCCUGGCRUCCGAGGAGGUCAGCACCAUCACCCCCACACAGGGAUUCAACAUCAAGAGCGUCCAAUCGCACGGUUUGAAGCUGAAUGUUUGGGAUAUCGGGGGGCAGCGCUCCAUCCGCCCCUACUGGAAGAAGUAUCUGGGCAGCACAGACCUGCUGAUUUAUGUCAUUGACAGYGCUGACCAGAAGCGUUUYGAGGAGACAGGGCAGGAGCUGGCAGAGCUGACAGAGGACGAGUCCCUCACAGGGGUGCCACUGCUGGUGUUUGCCAACAAGCAGGACCUGGUGACCGCAGCACCCGCGGCCGAAAUCGCCGAAGGGCUGAGCCUCCACACGUACCGGGACCGCGAGUGGCAGAUCCAGGCCUGCUCGGCCCUGUCUGGGGAAGGAGUGCAGGAUGGGAUGAACUGGAUUUCCAGCCAGAUCAUGAACAGGAAGAAGUGA